AUGUUGUGUGCAACCUACUUGGCUUCCAGUAUUUUCUCCAAUAAAGCUCUCACCAUGGUUCCUUACCCAGUUCAGUUGACGGUCAAAACUGUUAAAAGUCUGCCUAUUAUUAUUGGAGGGCGUUUGUUUUUUGGGCAAAAGCAUAAAAUUGAAGAUUACUUGUACGCCGGUAUAAUAACAUUCAGCUUGCUUUUGUAUCAGUCGCCCAAAAUUUUUAAGAAUAACAUUGACACAGGCUCACCUGUGGGAUACUUGUUGCUCGCUAUAGCUCUGUGCUGUGAUGCAUUUACCGGGCCGCGCCAAGACGUAUACACGUCUCGCUACAAUUUGAACUUCAUUGAUUUAAUGUUGAUGGUUAAUCUGCCUAGCUGCCUACUAUCAGGCAUUUUGCUUUUGCUUUUGAACGGUCUGCAACCUAUUUGGGCGAUGAUCGAAGCGGGACCUCGCUUCGCUUUAAUGCUAACUAUUUUUUUGUUAACCGGCUCAAUCGGCCAAAUGUUCAUUGUUCGUACGUUACGCUCAUUAGGUUCUUUGAAACUAACUUUGAUCACGACUUGCAGAAAGUUCAUCACGAUACUAAUGAGCUUGAUGGUUUAUAAACACAAAUUGCUAUUCAUUCAAUGGCUAUCGAUCUGUAUCUUAUUAUCUACGACGCUUGUCAAGCCUGUUGUAAAAAAUCUAAAAACGAAAAAUAAAUCUUUAAAAAGGUUUUCUUAA